AUGGAGAAUGAAGAACAACAUAAUACUAGAGAUCAAAACCACAAACCCCAAGACCUUCCGCAAGUCCUACUCCUAAAACCACCACCAGUCCUGUCAGUUCUCGGCGAACACCAUUUUUUAUCAAACAAAUAUCAACUCUUGAAAGCAUGGGAAUCCCAUCUUCCUUUAGAUCAGUUUCUUACCACACACGCUGACUCAAUCCAAGCCAUUCUCUGCUCGGGUGCCGCUCCCGUCACAGAUGAUUUACUCCACCUGCUAACCUCUGUGCGUCUUGUCGUCACCGCCAGCGCUGGCACUAAUCACAUUGAUUUGGAGGCGUGCCGCCGCCGCGGAAUUUCUGUAACCAAUGCGGGGACUGUGUUCUCUGACGAUGGCGCCGAUGCGGCGGUUGGAUUGUUGAUUGAUGUGCUGAGAAAGAUUACAGCCUCUGAUCGGUAUGUGAGGCAGGGGAUUUGGGUCAAUAAAGGAGACUAUCCUCUUGGUUCUAAGUUGAGAGGCAAGCGAGUCGGAAUUGUUGGAUUGGGAGGCAUUGGCUUGGAAGUUGCUAAAAGGCUAGAGGCUUUUGGCUGCAAUGUUUUGUAUAAUUCAAGACAGAAAAAGGCAUUUCUUGAUCAAUAUCCAUUCUAUUCCGAUGUAUGCGAACUCGCAGCUAAUAGUGAUGCCCUGAUCAUUUGUUGUGCAUUGACGGACCAAACCCGCCACAUGAUCGAUAAGGAAGUCUUUUCGGCAUUGGGGAAGGAAGGUGUCAUCGUUAACAUUGGACGUGGGGCUAUUAUUGAUGAGAAGGAAAUGGUGCAGUGUCUGGUGCACGGAGAGAUUGCAGGUGCUGGAUUAGAUGUGUUUGGGAAUGAGCCUGAUGUUCCUAAAGAGCUCUUUGAAUUGGAUAAUGUUGUUCUAUCCCCUCAUAGGGCUGUCUUUACACCAGAAUCUUUCAUGGCCUUGUGUGAACUUGUGGUUGGCAAUCUUGAAGCAUUUUUUUCGAACAGACCCUUGCUUUCCCCUGUCAUUGAUACGUGA